AUGAUCCUUCGAGCAAUGUCUCAAGUUUCUGUAUUUGUCAUAAUUCUCUUGUUAUGGACUGGAGAAGAAACAAAUGCACAGAGAGCAGGCUGCAAGAAUGUCCACUAUGACCUGGUCUUUCUGCUGGACACUUCCUACAGCGUGGGCAAGGAGAACUUUGAAAAAGUCAGGCAGUGGGUGGCCAACUUGGCGGGGACGUUUGAUAUUGGUCCAGAUAAGACAAGAGUAGGGGUCGUAAGCUACAGUGACAAGCCUCACACAGAAUUCAACUUAGGCACUUAUCAGAACAUAGAAGAUAUCCAGCAGGCUGCAGCAAGCAUCAGAUACCGCCGAGGAAAUACUGUAACUGGAGAGGCCAUUGGCUAUGUCACCUUGAACAGCUUCUCACAGCAAGCUGGCGGGAGACCCAAUGAUCCAAACAUUCAGAAAGUGACAAUUCUUUUGACAGAUGGCAGAAGUCAGGAUGAAGUGUUGCCAAAUGCCACAUUGGCUCACUCCGCUGGCAUCAGGCUGUUUGCUGUGGGUGUUGGUGAUGCCCUUAAAGAAGAACUAGAGGAGAUUGCCUCAGAACCCAAAUCAGCUCACAUGUUCCACGUUACUGACUUCAAUGCCAUAGACAAGAUCCGAGGAGUAUUACGACAAAGGCUAUGUCAAAAUGUGCUAUGCCCAAAUUUAAGAUUGGAAGGCAAUCAGUACAAGUUAGAAAAUAAAGCUUCAGUUAACAUCCCAGGUUUUGAUUUGAUGGAGCGAUUCCAUGUGAAAAGUAUUAUUGGAACGAAAGAUAGAGGAUUUGUUCGCCUUGGAACAAUGCCCAUUGUUCAGAUGACCAAAGACGUAUUUCCUCAAGGCCUGCCUGAUGAAUAUGCUUUUGUUGCCACCUUUAAAUUCCGAAAAGCUUCCCGAAGAGAAGACUGGUACAUCUGGCAAAUUAUUGACAAAUAUGGGAUCCCACAGGUUUCCAUUCGAUUAGAUGGUGAGAACAAAGCUGUGGAAUACAAUGCAGUUGGACUGAGAAAAGAUGCUGUGAGAACCGUUUUCAAAAACAAAGAAGUCAGCGGCUUAUUUGACCGUGAUUGGCACAAGCUGGCACUCAGUAUUCAAUCGAGCAGUGUCUCUCUCUACAUUGACUGCAAACUGAUUGAAACGCUGCCAAUGGAAGAACGGGAGAACAUCAACAUUCGAGGGAAAACAGUGAUUGGCAAACGUCUGUAUGAUAGUGUCCCAAUUGAUUUUGACCUUCAACGGAUUGUCAUUUAUUGUGAUGCCAAGGAUGCAGAGCUGGAAACCUGCUGUGAUCUUCCCAGCAACCCAUGUCAGAUUAUUGUUGCCACACAACAUCCUCAUUUGGAGAUCUCAACAACACCGCAACCACCUGCUGAAGUUGACAGCACAAAGACCAUUAAUUGUUCCUGCCUUAAGGGAGAAAAGGGUGAUCGUGGUCUACCUGGUUUUGGACACAGAGGUCCAAAGGGUGAACCAGGCCGAGUGGGAGCUGAUGGUCCCAAAGGACAAAAAGGAGAACCUGGUACAAUAAGCUAUGAUUCAUGGGAGAAAGGUGAAAAGCGAAGCAAGGGCUUCAGAAAAUCCACUGCUAUCUGCAGAGUACCAGGAAUUCCUGGGCUACCAGGUUUGGAUGGGGAGAAAGGAGAGAAGGGAAGUGCAGGAGAACCAGGAGAACCUGGUUCCCAUGGAUCACCAGGAGCAAGUGGACCACAGGGGCCUCCAGGUCAAAAGGGUCAGCAGGGUGAACAAGGUCGACCUGGAAUCUCUGGAGCAAAAGGUGAAAUGGGUAUUCCUGGAAGACCAGGGCCACCAGGGCCACGUGGUGUGCCAGGAAAUGUGGGAAUCCCAGGAGAUCCUGGCCCUCCAGGCAAGGAUGGUCCCAAAGGUGAGACGGGAACGCCUGGUGUAGAUGGUGAACCAGGAUCACCAGGAAUUCCAGGUGAUACAGGACCAGCUGGAAUCCCUGGAUUACCAGGAGAAGGUAAAACUGGCAAACCGGGUCAACCUGGUACACCUGGCUUAGUAGGACCACAAGGAGCAAAGGGUGACCCAGGAGAUCCUGGUAUACCAGGGUUACCAGGAGACAGAGGCCCUCCAGGUGAAGGGAACCCAGGACCACCAGGUGCUGCAGGACACCACGGAGAAAGGGGCCAUCCGGGUCCACGAGGCUCACCAGGAACCCCAGGCCAGCCUGGAAGUGAUGGGUUACCAGGCCCUAGAGGAGAUCCAGGACCUCCAGGAGAACCUGCAUCAUUACCUCUUAUUUCAAGGGGACAGAUAGAAUACAUGGUACAGGACUUGUGCACAAGUUGUCCAGCUGGUCCACCAGGUCUACAAGGGCUACCAGGUUUGAAAGGAAGCAAAGGUCAUGCAGGGCCCCCUGGGAAAGACGGAAAAGACGGUCUAAUGGGCGAAGCAGGACCAUCAGGGCUGCCUGGACCACAAGGCCCAGCAGGAAUGACGGGCAGUAAAGGAGAUCGCGGUUUGCCUGGCUCAUCUGGUGAAAAAGGCGAGCAGGGUAGUCCAGGGCUGCCUGGUUAUCCUGGACCUCCUGGAAUUGUCGGCCAACCUGGAGCUGAUGGCAUUCCGGGAUCAUCUGGUGCCCCAGGGCUGCGAGGAGAGAAGGGGAAGGAAGGUGCUCGAGGAAAUCUGGGACCUCCUGGACCAUUAGGGCCACCUGGUCUUACUGGCAAAGCUGGAAAGGACGGGAAACCUGGACCUGCAGGGGAACCAGGCCGGCCGGGAAACCCUGGGCCUCCUGGCAGGAGUGGCCUCCAAGGAAUGCCUGGCUUCAAAGGCUCUAAAGGUGCUCCUGGCCCAAUUGGUCCAAGAGGGGAAACAGGAAUUGCUGGGCCACCAGGCCAGCCAGGCUCACCUGGGAAAGAUGGUGAACAAGGACCUCCAGGACCUCAGGGUCCUCCUGGUUUAAGAGGUGUUCAGGGUAAAAGUGGUCCUCCUGGUCCUGAGGGAAAACUUGGUCCUCCAGGUGACCAGGGACCAAAGGGUUCUAACGGAAGAACUGGAGACCCAGGGUUUCCAGGUCCCCAGGGACUACCAGGACAACCGGGACAGCCAGGAGAGACGGGAUUCCCAGGAAAAACAGGAUCUCCAGGCAAAUCAGGUGAACGGGGGUCCAAAGGAGAAAGAGGUGAGCCAGGUACCAAAGGUGAAAAAGGAAUCCAGGGAGACAAAGGACGACCUGGUGAUCCAGGGCCUCCAGGUAUAAAAGGACACACUGGGAUAAUGGGUCCAGUGGGGCCUCCAGGAGAAAGAGGCCCAGUUGGGUUACCAGGCCAAUCGGGUCUUCCCGGAAAACCUGGAGAAAGAGGUGAACCUCCAUCUUCUGAGCACCUGAGGAGACUUAUAAGGGAAGAGCUGUCAAAGCAGCUCGAUGUGCGGCUGUCCUAUCUCAUGUCUCAGUUUCCACCAACAUCCAUUAAAGCACCGCCUGGGAAGCCAGGGCCUCCAGGCCCACCAGGGACUGAUGGAUUUCCCGGGAGGCCUGGUGUCCCAGGAGAACCUGGGCCACCUGGGCAACCUGGCUCUGAAGGAGCCAGUGGACCAAUGGGUCCAAAAGGUGAUAGAGGUGCUAAAGGUGAAAAAGGAGAGACGGGUAUUGGACAGAGGGGUGAUCCUGGUCCACCAGGCCCUGCUGGUAUCCCUGGAACACCUGGCUAUGGGAAAGAUGGAGUUCCUGGUACUCCAGGGCCACCUGGAGAGUCUGGCCUACCUGGAGGGAUAGGUCCUCAAGGACCCCCUGGUCAGAAUGGAAUCUGUGACCUGGCUCAAUGUGCUUAUUAUGCAAGUAUGGCCAGCCGACCAGCUAACCAAAAAGGACCUUGAGCCAAAACAAAAAGAGUUUGAAGAGAUGAAGGAUGCAGAUGCUGUUUAAUACAAACAUAAAAAUAUAUCCGACCGCAGUCUGUACAGCGAUCACUCCGAGCGCACAUGCGGCCAGCUAGAUGUGUUUUGAUAUGAGAUCCUGCCAUCUCCUAGAAAAUCAGGAGAAAUAUACUGUAUCCCAGCCAUUAAACACACACACACACAGGUCCCUUCUGCAAAUCCAUAUCAGCACCCAAUUGUAACAAAACUUGGUGAUUUAAAAACUUUCUAACUGUACAUAUUUUCAAAAUUUGCAGCAAGUUUCCUGUAUAGUUGUACCUCAUCUGUAGGACAAUCCAGUGUGCAUGUGUGAAAUGCAAUUUACAUGCAGUAGAUUACUUAGUUAUUGUUGGAUUUCAGUUUUGUGAAUAUAUAUAUAAAGUAAAAUUAAUGGCAAAGAUGCUGAUUUCCCCAGGCUUAAUUUAAAAGCAAAUACCUCUUCUACAGGCCCUUGAGGGGCAAUUUAUUUUCACGUUGCACGAAUAAUGUACUUGAGUUUUCAAUCAUAUAUCA